UCCGCGGUUGUGUAAAAAUGGAGAUUAUCAGUAAAUUAAAGCCAUUUUACUCGUAUUAAGUGUAUUUUUAUAGUGCAAUUAAAGUAUCGUGUAGUAUAUUCGAAGAUUAUUGACUAAAUGCAAAAUUUUGCAAGCUUAAUUAAGACUUUACCGCAAUAGUUUACAAAAUGUUUUUGUGUGCUAAGUUUCACAAUGGCGGUCCGUCGCGUCCCCCGCGCCUCCAUUUCAGUGACAGUCAUACUUUGACAAUGCCGAAUCAUAUAAAUCAAGAACUGUGAGAUUUUAUUGUAACGAGUCUAAUAAGUUAGUACUUAACAUUACGAUGAAUCAGGACCACCACAGUAUCAGUGGAGGUAGUGGACAGACUUCAACCAAUUCAGAGGGCCAAAGAGUACAAUCUGGCCAGCAACAACAGCAAGCCCCAACCACUUCUGCAACAGACCUAAGAGUUAACUCGGCAGUAAAUGUUGCGUUAUCGAGCGUUGCCAAGUACUGGGUGUUUACAAAUUUGUUUCCCGGUCCAAUACCACAAGUCUCUCUGUAUGGGCUACCUGCAAGCACUAGAAUUGAAAAUGGGAAACCUGUACAGGAUCUUGGCCAAUCACAUGCUAGCUUACUUAAUGGUGAUCCUAAUAUUAUUCUGGGACAUCAUAGUGCUCAACCACAAGUUACAGUGUCAGCCGCUGGGGGUCAACAAAUACCUAUAUCUCAAUUAAUUACUACUCAGUCUGGACAAGGACAUGAUUCUCUGGUGUCCCAUAGUCAACAAGAAAUGUCCUCACAACAGAACUCAAGUAGUUCUCAAGUGACUGUUAACUCUCAGUCAGCCCAUCAACAGCCCAGUAAUCGCCUGGAGUUUGUGCAACAUCAUGGCUUAGAUAUGGGUCAUCAUACACAAAAUCAUUUGUUGCAACAACAACUUCUAGCAGCAACAAGACCUGAACAUUCCAACCAACAGAUUCAACUUACUGUGAGUGAGGAUGGCAUCGUAACAGUUGUGGAACCUGGCAGCAGCAAGUUGAUGGAAAAGGACGAUCUCCAUGAUUCCAUCAAAAUGCCUUCGGACCACACCCUCACUGUGCAUCAGUUGCAACAGAUUGUGGGACACCACCAGGUCAUAGACAGUGUGGUCCGUAUAGAGCAGGCUACCGGAGAACCUGCCAACAUACUAGUGACUCAGAACCCAGAUGGCACCACGUCGAUAGAGACGAGCGCCGCUGACUCCCUCAUUGUAAAAGAUGAGAAGAAUGUUAAAAUUGAAUCUGCACAGUAUGCUGCGGCUUCGGAUAUUAAGGAAAUUAAAGGAAUUGAUUUGAAGAGUGUUGGUGCAAUGGGUAUGGAAGGGGCUGUAGUGAAGAUAUCAGGAGGUGGCACAGACAAUGAUAUGCAUGCCAUGUACAAGGUGAAUGUGGAGGACCUAUCACAACUCCUAGCCUACCAUGAGGUGUUUGGAAAACUCAAUACAGAUUCCCAGCAAACACAGCAGGCGCAGACACCACCACAACAGCCACAAGCUAAGCAGCCAGUGAUGUACCAAGUGGACGUAGAAGCCAGUACGAGCGCAUCUGCGACGCUCCCCGACACGGAGUCAUCUUCCGGGCCACACCCAUGUGACCUCUGCAAUAAGAUAUUCGCCUACCGCUAUCAGCUUAUUGUACAUAGGCGCUAUCAUGGUGAAAAUAAACCUUACACCUGUCAAGUUUGCGGCCAGGCAUUCGCCAAUCCGACGGAACUGUCUAAACAUGGAAAAUGUCACCUUGCUGGCGAAUCAGCGGAACGUCAAGCAAAGCGAUUGGCUCAAGACAAGCCUUACGCGUGCUCCACGUGCCACAAGACGUUCUGGAGGAAGGAGCACCUGGACAAUCACGUGCGCACACACACCGGGGAAACUCCAUACAGAUGUCAGUUCUGCUCCAAAACGUUCACGCGCAAGGAACACAUGGUGAACCACGUGCGGAAACAUACGGGCGAGACUCCGCAUCGCUGCGAUAUCUGUAAGAAGAGUUUCACUAGGAAGGAGCACUUCUUGAACCACGUCAUGUGGCACACAGGUGAAACGCCGCACCAAUGUCAAAUUUGCGGCAAGAAGUAUACUAGGAAGGAGCAUUUAGUGAACCAUAUGCGAUCGCAUACGAACGACACGCCGUUCAGAUGCGAACUGUGCAGCAAGGCCUUCACCAGAAAGGAACAUUUCACCAACCACAUAUUGUGGCACUCGGGCGAGACACCGCACCGUUGCGACUUCUGCUCGAAGACGUUCACCCGCAAGGAGCACCUCCUGAACCACGUGCGGCAACACACAGGCGAGUCGCCUCACCGCUGCGACUACUGCGCCAAGUCGUUCACGCGGAGGGAACAUCUCGUCAACCACGUGCGCCAACACACCGGCGAGACGCCCUUCCAGUGUGGCUACUGUCCUAAGGCAUUUACUAGGAAGGACCAUCUGGUGAACCACGUCCGGCAGCACACAGGCGAGUCGCCACAUAAGUGCACGUUCUGCACCAAGUCGUUCACGCGCAAGGAGCACCUCACUAACCACGUGCGGCAGCACACGGGAGAGUCUCCGCACCGCUGCACCUACUGCGGCAAGUCCUUCACCAGGAAGGAGCAUCUCACCAACCACAUAAGACAGCAUACGGGCGAGAGUCCUCCACACAAGUGCUCGCUGUGCCCGCGCGCGUUCGUGCGCAAGGAGCAACUCAACGUGCACGUGCGCGUGCAUACGGGCGAAUCGCCGCACGUUUGCUCCUACUGUAACAAGAAUUUCACGAGGAAAGAGCAUCUUAAGAACCAUGAGAGACAACAUACAGGCGAGACCCCGUUCAAGUGCACUUUCUGCACCAAGGCGUUCUCCCGCAAGGAACACCUGACCAACCACAUGCACCUUCACACAGGAGAGACGCCCUACAAGUGUCCUUUCUGCACCAAGGUGUUCUCCAGGAAGGAACAUCUGACCAACCAUGUUCGGAUACACACGGGCGAGUCGCCGCACCGCUGCGAGUUCUGCAACAAGACGUUCACGCGCAAGGAGCACCUCACCAACCACAUGAAGCAGCACACGGGUGACGCGCCGCACUCGUGCAAGGUGUGCUCCAAGUCCUUCACCAGGAAGGAGUUCCUCGUCACGCACAUGAGAUCGCACAGUUGCGGCGAGCGGCCGUACAGUUGCGGGGAAUGCGGCAAGUCAUUCCCGUUGAAGGGCAAUCUGCUGUUCCACGAACGGUCACACAACAAGGGCAACAACAAAGUAUUCAAAUGUGACAUCUGUUCUAAAGAUUUUAUGUGUAAAGGUCAUCUUGUGACGCAUCGUCAGACGCACGUCGACGCACCCGAGAACAGCCAGUCCGGGGAGCCGCUCAUUGAUGCCAGUGAUGUGAGCACCGCUGAAUGCAAAGAUCAACUCGACGGAGAGCGGAAACCAGAUGUGGUGAUGUCUACAGUGGAAACAAGAGUGAAUGACAAUGCCAUAGCCCAAACGCAAACGAAUACGGUGAUGCAGAUUACAACGCAGCAAGUGCGCGCGUCAGUGCCGACGAGUGCCGCAAACGUAGCGAGCGGCUCGUUCACCAACCCGCAGCAUCACUCCGGCGCGGCGCUCACACACCACCCCGUCAGCGUCAACUAUUAGCAUGUGCCGCACAUAUUUCACCAGUGGGAGGCUCCUUUGCACAAGAUGCCGGCUAGAUUAUGGGUACCACAACGGCGCCUAUUUCUGUCGUGAAGCAGUAAUGUAUAAGCAUUACUGUGUUUCGUCUGAAGGGCGCCGUAGCUAGUUAAAUAACUGGCCAAAUGAGACUUAACAUCUUAUGGCUCAAGUUGACUAGCGCAGUUGUAGUACCGCUCAGAAUUUUAGGGGUUUUUCAAGAAUCCUGAGCUGCAUUGGGCGCGGCGCAUCAAUUACCAUCAGCUGAACGUCCUGCUCGUCUCGUCCCUUAUUUUUAUAAAAAAAAAAUUACUGCGACAACGCGAUAAGAUGGGGGAAGCUAAUAUCAAGAUUACCAGGAAGUAUUUAUAGCAUAACUGGUUUUACUAAUUUAGCCUAGUUAUUUAAGGUCAUACACAUAAUAAGUGAAAUAUAUUUUAUUUCGUAGGUAAAUCACAUUAGACUUGAAAUAUGUAAUUUUUUAUACUACAGCCCAUUCGGAAGGCAGAUUUCCCUUUGAGAUGAACGAGCAAGAAACUCUAAGGUUACUCUUUUCAAAACUGAUUAUGACAAGUUCUUAUGUAACUAUUAUUACAUUUAUCAAUCUAUGACAGACACCCCAGCAGCUGUCCCAAGGGUUAUUUAGAUCCAAAUAUACAGAUAUUUUGUAGUAACCUUUUUGUACACAAUGUAUUCUUCAGCACUGAUUUAUAUUCGUAUAUAGGAAAGUUCUGUAUGUCAACAGCGAACUUAUUUCCAAAACGUAUACAUAAACCUCUGAAUGUAUUUGUGACUAUAUGAAGUCGACAACAUGACUAGCAAGCUUAUUCCUAUUUCUAGUAUUAAUAUUAUGAGUGUCACGACCUCAAUUGAGGUGUUAUUGAUCAAUUCCUAAAUUAAAAACGCUAUUUUUUUCUAAAAUUGAAAAAAUAUAUGUUUGUACAGCCAACUGUGUUUAGAAGAAUUUAUUUUAGUAAAUCGUGCUAAGUAAAUGGAUACUACAUAGCAAAAAUAUCUUCAAAAGAAACAUUUUCUUGUUGGGUUAUAUUAUCAGUCUCUAAUAUGAAGCACUUGCAGUGAAAGCCUUCUUAGUCAAGCAGUUAUUAUAUAGAUUUCGUACAGAAAAUGUAAGAAAAUAAAAAACUUGCAUGAAUAUAAUAUCAUUAAAAUGAAAAGAAUUUCUUAACAGUUCUUUUAGGUAUAUUGUACUUGCAAAGUAUUGUCGGUUAUUAUUACUAUCGGUUUUAUAACCAACGGCAACUUUAUACAGUUUUUUUAAUGGAUAAUGACCAUCAUUGAUUCGUUUUAAAUGCAGCUAUACACAUUCAGUGCUACCAACUCAAAAUAAAAGAAAAACGUAUAUUCAAAUGAAUAAAAAGAACCCCAUUUUAUACUAUACUGUGGUUAAGAAGGUUAAAAGAAAUUACAAAAUGUUCGAUAUCUUACACUGUUAUAGUUUGAGUAUGUAUGUGGUACAUUUUAAAAUACACUGGCCUGCAAAAGUAAGUAUCACACUUUUCAAAUUAAAUUUUUUUCUUAACUAUAGAAGGUAGAGAUUUAAGAUUAAAAACGUUUUGUUGCAAAUUUUAUAGGCUUUAAUUGUUAGAAACUAAAAUUAUACAUUAGUAACAUUUUUAAAUUAAAAAAGAUAAAACAAUUAAAAUAGACAUUUUUAGUUUAGUGUAAAAAAAUUCAACUAAAAUGUAUUACAUGUUAUUUAAUUUUUAAUAACUGGUAUUGCCUCCUCGCGCUCUGAUUACAGCUUCAAGCCGGUUUGGCAUACUGAACACUAGGUUUCGGAGCCGAUGUUGGGGAAUAUCCUCCCAUUCUUCUACCAGGGCCUGUUUUAGUGCCCUGAGGGUAGUAGGUGGUGGUCUGCGAUUUGUGACUAGCCUCCCAAGCUCAUCCCAGCCGUGUUCAAUCGGGUUAAGAUCAGGACUUCUUGAUGGCCAAGCCAUCACGCUGAUACCGACCUCCUGAAUAUACUCUUGUACGAUAUGAGCCGUGUGUGGCCGGGCAUUAUCAUGCAUCAGCAUCGAUCUAUCACCCAUAUUUGCUAAAUACGGCCCUGCAUACUCAUUGAGAAUUUCUCGAGCAUAUCUUUGACCCACCAGUGAGGGUGCCAUUUUCUAUGGCUACUAGCUCUGUGCGACCUUCUGAAGAUAUGCCAGCCCAUACAUGUACACUGCCUCCACCGUAUUGGACUCUUUCUAAGAUGCAGGCGUGAAGGUAUCGCUCACCAGGUCGCCUGUAAACACUUCGCCUUCCAUCAGAAGUGUAAAGGGAGAAUCGAGACUCAUCUGCAAACAAAAUUCUUGACCAUUCUUCUUCAUCCCACUGCAUGUGUUCACGGGCGUAUCGCAGUCUCGCUACUCGAUGCUGUCUCUCGAGUUUUGGGCCACUCGCUGGUCUUCGGGGUUUCAAAUUUGCUUCAGCAAGUCUUCUUCUCACUGUACUGUCACUAAUGUAGUCCCUCCGGGUCUGAAGAAGCUGUUGCUGGACUUCAACUGCAUUUUGGUGGCGAUUUCUUAACACAGUGGAAAUAAUGUAACGAUCUUCUCGGGCACUGGUACACCUGGGUCUGCCAUUACAAGGUCUCCUCAGAUGGUGACCAGUCUCUUCGUACCUUCGCUUUACCUUCUGGACCGUUCGUACCGUCACACCCACCAUUCUUGCAGUGCGACGCAUACUGAUGCCUAGUUCCAGAAAAGCCAUGAUCCUAGCACAUUCUUCAACAGAAAGAGGCAUGAUAAAUAAAUGUUAUGUGCUUUUUAGCAUACAUUUAUAAAACAAGACCCAUCGUUCUUGAAAUAAAUUUAAAACAGAAAGAAAAAUGUAAAUGGUAAAAUUGUAAUUCGGAAACGUCUACUUUGAAAAAGGAAUGGUUUUGUUCUUGAAGUUUUUUUUCAGCCAAAUCUUAAAAGAAGGUUACCGACUGUAAAGUUUUUCUGUACAAAAUUAAAUUCUCUUUGGAGUCCUUUUUAUUUCGAAAGUAUAUCUUGUGAACUUAAAACGUUAUCCCAAUUUUAAAAGUGUGAUACUUACUUUUGAAGGCCAGUGUAUUACAUAUAUGCCAAAAAUAUGAUUUACAUAACCUUGUCAGUAUCUACACUACUGCAAAUAAAUUAUGAAGUAUAAUUUUACUGAAUAAUAUAGGUGUGGGUUCUUAAUUAAGAUAUUAUUUUAAAAAUUCUUUUUCUUAGUAAUGGAUUCUUCAUUAUAUUUAACGCAACUACUUAAGUUAUGCUGUGUAAUUUAGUGAUAAAUAUGAUGUAUUUUAUAAUUAAGUCGAAUAUUUUAUAUAAGUGUUAGCCACACAUGAUAUUACGGUUAAAAUGUAAAGUUCUUAAUAUUUACUGUUCUUACAUUACAGUUUAGGUGAUGGAUGAUACAAUAUAAAAAUUAUCGUGUUUUCCUUUUUUUUAUAUAACGGGAUACUCUACGAAAUUAAAAAUAAUACUAUCGUUAACAGUAAGCAGAAUUGGUGGCUAUUGAGUCUAAUUCAAUUCAACUUCAAACGUUUUUAUAAACACUUUUGAAACACCACAGAAGACAAUUCAAUUAAUCAAUUUAAGCCCAUUCAAGAUGAGACUAAGAAAAAAGACGAAAGAUAAAAGAACUUUCAUAAACAUAUAUGUGCCUCAUACGUCCAUUACGUAUAUACAAACUACACGAAAGUAAAUAUUGAUGUUGACAUUAUUUUUAUAUAAGCUGCGAUAUGAAUUAGUUGUAAUUGUAGUUAUUACUUUAUUUUAAAGUGAAGUUCAACACAGUUUGUGUUGAUUAAUAAAUAGCUGUAUUAUUGAGAGUAAAAGUAAAUUAUUUUAGUGAUUAUACGUUUGAUAUCUUGUUUGUCUUAAUAAUUAAGUUGUUUGCCAUUUUAUUUUAUUGUGAUAGUUGUGAAAACUGUGUAAAUAAAUUAUAUGUUGUGAUAACAUCUUUCAUCCAUAUUCAAUCAUAGUAUUACUACUUCCGUAUAUUUAAAUAUAGUAAACUAGUUAUAAUUUAUUUCAAAAAUUAUGUUGUUUCUAAUAAAUCAUAAAUCAUUAAACAAGUAAUAUUUAUAUCUAUAGGGUAGGGCUUGCCAGGGUUUUUGGUUAUUUGCUAAGAAUUUCAGACUGGUCUGGAUAUUAUAUCAAAUUAUUGAGGGUUUUAGUUGCCACAUUAAAAAAUGAUAAUACAUUCCUAAUUCACAUCCAGAUAGGAGCUACUACAACUUAAUAGAGAAUGUAUACAGUUCAUUUAAUUUUAACUGUGAGGAAAUAUAUCGAAGCAGCUUCAUAUUGGUUUAAUUAAAUAUGUACAGUGUCUAAUGGAAUAAUUCGCAUUGGUAAAGAAAAAACCUGAAUCACUAAUCUAAUAACAGUAAGAUAUGAAACAUACCAUACAGAAGAAGCGGUGUUGUAAUCACUUCAUUGCUUUUAUUACUUUCUAAUUUUGUAUAAUAUAUAACGUGUAAAUAACUAGUUGUAAUUUAAUCUGAAUCAGUUUAGAGUUAUUGUAAGGUAGUAAUAUAAUAAUAUCAUUAUGUUAUUUGGCUCAUUUGUUUACAACCUUCGUGUUAAUAUUAAAAACGAUUAAGAAUCGUAUGUACUCCAUUGGUUCUUUUAAUAUAUAAGGUGCGGAUCAUAGAGAUAACUUUCUAUCGUUGCCAUGUAAUGAAAAAUUAUCUCGAAUGGUGCAAACACCGUUGGUAUUUUAAUAUAGAUUUCUAACUGUUAGAUACUUUAGUGUAAAUCAUUAAAUUAUGUUCAAUACUUUGAUAUGAGAUUAAAAAAUUGAACUAA